AUGUCAAGCGCCAUGGCAGAAUGGCUCGCGGGCAAGACCAUCGUCGUCACAGGUGCGUCUUCUGGGAUUGGGCGUAGCACCGCGAUCGAGUUCGCGCGCACGUCGCCCAGGGAUCUCAAGUUGGUCAUCACCGCACGACGAGUGGACCGGUUGAAGCAGCUGGCUGAGGACAUCAAGAACCUGGUCGGCGACGGGGUCCAGGUUCUCCCCGUGAAGCUGGAUGUCAGCAACCCAGCCGACGUGGCGGGGUUUUUGGAUGGGUUGCCGGCAGAGUUCAGGGACAUUGACAUUCUUGUAAACAAUGCAGGCUUGGGUCGAGGGGUUGCGAGAGCCCCAGAUAUCGCCAUGGACGACGUGCGACUCAUGCUCGACACCAAUGUCCACGGCCUCAUUGGCAUGACCCAAGCAGUCCUCCCCGUCAUGCUGGCAAGAUCUACCCACGGCGCCGGCGACAUCAUCAAUGUCGGAAGCAUUGCUGGGCGGGAGCCCUACGCCGGCGCCAGCGUCUACUGUGCAACGAAGGCCGCGACCAAGAGUUUCACCCAGGCUCUCAGACAAGAGCUGGUUGCCUCGAGGAUUCGCAUCAUUGAGAUUGAUCCAGGCCAAGUCAAGACGGAGUUCUCUGAGCAUCGUUACUACGGUGACAAGAGCAAGGCGGAAGCAGGUUAUGCAGAUUGUGAGCCUCUAACCGCCGAAGAUGUCGCCGAACUCAUCGUCUUUGCGGCGGGGAGGAGAGAAAAUGUGGUUGUGGCCGAUACUCUGAUCUUGCCAAAUCAUCAGUUUGUCGCGUUUAGGCCAUUCUAA